UUCGAAAUUGGAACCGAAAAGCGUGGACGCGCGGGCGUCGACGCUCCGCCUCAGUUGCUGCUGCUGCUGCUGCUGCUGCUUCUGCUUCCCGGAAGGAGGAGAAGGGGGGCCGAGGACGACCUUCCAUUUUUCAAAACCCGACUGCGACGUGCCGCGCUUUCUCGUACCUCAUCUCAUCCUCCCCCUUCCCUUGUUCCCGCGGAUCCAAUCGACAUGGCAACAGUCCGCUGCCACGACGAUUGUCGGCUGGAUGCCGGGCCGUCCCGGAGCGGGAUUGAGGCGACAGAGACGGAGACAAGCACCGAGAUGGAGACGGAGUCGGCGCGGAGAAGAAGACGGCGGAGGCGACGGCUCGCCAGCCUCGCUCCCCCUUCACUCCUCGUCGUUGUCCCCGCUGCUGCUGCUGCUGCUGCUGCUUCCGCCGCCGCCUCGGCUUCAGCCUACGACGGAAAUGGCGACGACGAGCCGGGCAGGGCGAUCGUCAUCGACGCCAAUCGGGCGCUGCCCGACAUGGUGACUCGGCACAAGAAGCGCCUCGCCAAAAGAGCCGGCCCCACCGUCGAGCAGGCGUUCACCGUCAAUGUCUCGCCGCCGACGACGUGCGAGCCGCUGAACAUUACGUUUGACCCGCGCGGCGCGACGCCGCCAUUUACCGUCUUUAUCGCCACGGCCAACUGGUACGCGCAUGCGGUCCAGCUCCCCGCCAGCUAUGCGGACCCGUCGCUGGGCGCGUGGCUGUACCAGUACGAGAUGCCGCAGUACAACACCGACUCGGUGCUGGCCGAGUCGCCGACGCCCGAGAUUCUCGUCGUUGUCAGCGAUGCCUCGGGCUCGCGCUUCAACUCGUCGUCGAUCCAAAAGACGAAGCAGGUCGAGACGAGCUGCACAGCCGUGAGCGGCAGCCUCGACUUCAGCUUUGCCUCGAACCCGACGCAGACGACGUGCAGCCCGAUGAAUGUCACCAUCUACACCGACUCGCCGGCGCCGGGCCUGCCGGACUUUGUCGGGCCCAAGGGCAGCAACCUGCAGCUGUUCAUCAUGCCCGAGCAGGCGCCGCCGAUCAUGGUGCCGUUUCCCUGGAACAACGGCACCACACGCUCGCUCCUCUGGAACAUGGUCCUCGCCCCGGGCACCAACUUUAUCAUGACGCUCACCGACGACGGUGCCGGUGGCGGCGUCAGUGGCGUCAACCUCGUCGCCGGCAGCGAGUACGUGUCGACGGACUGCAUGCAGAGUGCAAAGACGACGGCGGGCAUACCCCGGGCGACGUCGACAUUCACCGGGCCGAUGCCCGACUUCACCGUCGCCCCGGCGCUCCUGCGCGCGUCGCAGACGAGCGACCUCGCCUCGAUGCACGACUCGUCUCCCUCGGCCUUUGGCCCUAGCCAUGGCCCCAGUACGAGCACAAGCACGGGCACGGGCACGGGCACAGGUACGGGUACAGGCACAGGCACCUUCUCGAGCACCAGCAGCAACAUCAAUGGCCAGCAGCCCGGUGCGAUGGCGACGAGGCCUUACUCGGACUCGUCGCCCCAGUCGAGCCACUUCUACUACGAUGCUGCGCCACGGCCUGCGCACCACGGCCAGAUGACCAUGUCCACCUCGUCGUCGUCGUCGAACAGCGGCAUCGGCAUCGCAGGAGCAGCAGCAGCUGGAGCAGCAGCAGCAGCAGCAGCAGGCGCAGGCGCAGGCCGCGAGAGGAGCCAGUCGACGGCCUCGUCGGCCUACCGCUCGCCGUUCCAGACGCCGCCUGCGCUGUCCUCGGCCGACACCGGUGCUGAAAGCCUCGCCCUCGUCGACUCGUCCCGCUUCAGCAGCAGCAGCAACCACUACAUCCACGGCCACCACCACCACCACCAGCAGCAGCAGCAGCAGCCCUACUUUGGGUCCAGCUACCACCACCCACACCACAACAGCUUCCCCUACUCGGCCUCGCGCAUGUACACGGCCAUGGGCAGCAGCAGUGGCGAGACGCAGCCGAUGAUGCGCGGCUCCGGCAGCCAGUCGGGCGCCUCGGCUGCGUCUGCCUCAGCCUCGGCCACGCGCGGCUACUAUGUCCAGCACUCGGACGCCGGCCUGCUCCUCGACGACUCGCUCGACGACGACGACGACGUCGACGGCUCCAACGGCCUCGAGCUCCCGCCGCAGUACGACACCAUCCAGCGCAGCGAGGCUGAGCGCCAGCGCCAGUCGCUGCGCAGCCAGGCACGCGCGAGCCGCGGUGCAGCAGCUGGUGCAUCUGCCUCCACGCCUGCCUCUGCCUCGACGCCCUCGACGAGAGGCGCAAGUGGCGGAGGCGAGGCCGUCGAGCUGCUCGACACAGAGGACGGCACCGGCACCUACGGCCUCGGCGACUUUGACGAGGAGGACUUCUGGCGCGCACCCACGACGCCGGCCUCGACGGGCAACCACACGCCCAGCAGCUGAUGCACGCAUACACACACCUUUUAACACACACUCGCUCUCUCUCUCAUUUUCCUUUUUCUUAUUGGCGCUUCCUCUCUCCCUAUCUAUCUGUCUCUCUCUCUGUACACUAGGCGACAUACAGCU